CCUCUGCUGUCUCUGCCUCUGUCUCUAGCGCUGUUUCUUUCUUGCUGUGUUCGCUUGUUUAUCGAUUCGUGGCGGCGAUGGCAUCUCUGUGGGAAUUGCAGUCGCAGGUGAUCCACUCUAGCACCCACUGCAAUCUCUUGGACCACUGGGCUAGCACCACCGACCCCUCCGUCGACACCACGUCGACAUCCUCUUCCUCCGAGUUGGAGCUGAUAGGAGGCUUCGACUUUUAUCUCACCAGAAAGCAUCAUCGGUUCAUUGUUCAAGACCACUCUGGCGAUGAGAUCAUUGUUGAAGAGUUCUACGACUUCUACCCGCGCUCCCACCACCGUCACCGUCUCCCAGUCGUACUCCUCCGCAACCCCCACAUGCUCGAGUCAUUCCUAUGCUGUGAUCUCGCCGACCUGGGCCUCGACCCCAUGCCCGGGCAUGAUAUCACUGGGGCCGUCCUCUCUGACGUCUAUGGUGGGCACACGAAGAAGUUCUUCGCCUCAGUAAACCUGGAGAUCACUAAGGUCGAGGUGGUUUGGGUUGAACCUGAUGACGGCAGUUGGGUGCAGGCCCUCCCCUAUGAAGGACUGCACGGGGCAUCGAGCACGGCCAUCAGCAAGUUGAAUGCAGCGAGCUUCGUUGCCGGGGAGACAGCUGGUGAUAUUGGAACGUGCGUGGUCUGCCUUGAAGAUCUUUCGAGGGGUGGCCCUGAAUGUAAUCGGGUGAGGCUGACGGAGAUGCCCUCCAAGCACGUCUUCCACAACUCAUGCAUACUCCGCUGGCUUGAGACCAACCGUACUUGCCCUUUGUGCCGUCAAGAAUUAGAAGACGAUGGAUGACUCAUAAUUAGCAGGAGGAGGAUAUUAGACGAUUCAUAACUAGGAGAAGGAUAUUAGUUAGUGCAGCAAAAUUAAGAAAUUCUUUUGUUCUUUUAUUUUUUCUUUUAAUAAUUGUUGGGCAAAAAUUAAUUCUUCUGGAGGCUAUUAUUUCAAUGCAAUUGUCAUUUUGCUAUGGUCGAUCGUCCAGCUCCCUUCGAUUAUUCAAUAAUUGUCUAGCAACCAUAAUCUUCUGUUAGACAUAGCAAAUUAACAGGGCAAGAAAGAAAGAUUUGCUAUUGCUAUCAAAAGAGAACUAGUCCAAGGCAAUUCUAACUUAUAUUAGCAGAAAGAAGACACUCUUUUGGGGAAUCAUCAGAACUAAAUGCGACGAGUUCGAUAUCCAAUGAAUGCUAAAAGGUCGAUUCAAAGGGUAUUUCCUCAAAUAAAGCACACACUCUUGUACUCAGUAAACCGACAACAACCGUGUAAUAGU